AAUAAUCGAGAGGAAUAGAUAGAGUCCUAAAGCACUCAAUACCUUCUCAGCACGCGACAACUCGCACCUUCCUGUGAGUCUGAGCGUUCCAUGACGAGGAAGAUCAGAAUUCGAAUUGAGGACGAGGAAGAAUCUGACGUUUCGGUUUCGUCGUUGUCAGCAGUGGCAGUGGCAAGAAGUCCGAAAUCAGUGGGAAGCAGCAAGUCGUUGCGUUCGAUAUAAUCACUUCACGGCGAUAGACGAGUGUCAACUAGUUUGUUAUAAAACGAACCAUGUCAUGGACAAAUUCAACAGAAGGAUCCGGAGAGGUCUCGGAGAGUAGAAAAGGCUCGCUAAAAAAACAAGAGAAAAUGCCUAUGGAAUGCACUGAUAGCGUCGUGACCAUAACUUCAGCUAGGACUGUACUGAGAGUGCGGAUUGUCAAUCAAAUUUCAGGCCUCUUCAAGGACCUACUUGUAGACAUACGGAAUGAUUUGAAUUUAUUCGAUGCUAUUUAUGACAAAAAUUCAGUGAAAAAGGCAAACGUGCGGAAAUGGGGUAAGAGAAUGAGCCAGCAAGUCAAAAAUGGUUCACACGAAAUCCGAUGUUCAAUAUGGGACGACGAGGUAAAUGCGCCUUGCCACACAUAUUCGAUCGAUGAUAUGAAACAAACUACUACUACGGGGCUGUACCACCUUGUUGGCCCGGAGGGUGGUUUAAUAAAAUUAGUCUUACAAUGCUCAGAGAAGGCAAUGACCACGAUAGUCACUAAUCCGAUGUCGAUGCCAACCUCAAAUUUUGUGGAACACGGUGGUGGGAAUGGAUUGCAGGGGUUAACAAGCCCAUGCAUUGCGUCAAUAGGAGAUUCGAAGUCGUCUGAGUCUAUUCCGCCUGAAUCGUCUGCAAAGAAAGGAUUUCAUCAUCCGUAUAUUUCCAAGAUCGAGUCUCAUAGUGGUACUUUCCGGUGUCCGUUUUCGGCAAUAGCUGUCGACGAAUCCGUACUGAAAGAGUUCAAUGACAAAGUUCGUAACCGAGAUGCUACUGCAAAACAUCGCCGUGAUUUGUCGCAUGAUAGUAUUCAUCAAUCUGCUCUCGCAACCGAUACCGUAAGCGAUCUCGAUGAGAACGAUAAUAGUACCCUACGGACAGAGACAAUUAUAGGUGUGAAUGAUGCAUAUUCCAUCAGCCAGAGCGUUCUCACUGCAGAGUCAAACAUGAGAGUGAAAAUAACCAAUGAAUCGAGCAGGAGAUACAAGUAUCUAGUAGUCGACAUAAAUUCCGACUUGACUAUUCACGAAAGCAUAUAUGAGCAUAAGGGUGUUAUAAGUGCCCAAGUUCGAAAGUGGACACCCGAAAUUGUCAGAGGCGUGAGAAAUAAGACCAAAGAGAUACAAUGCGCAGUAUUGGAUGGUAGUUUGGAUGGAACUGUCGUUCAAACCUAUAGUCUUGAUGAUCUAAAAAAUUCAAGCACGAGAGAUCUUUUUGAUCUGGCUCCUAAGAGCAAUCCUGUACAGCUUUUGCUUCGCUGUAUCGAGAAGCACGUCCCAAACUUACAAAACUCCAUAAACGAUGACAUCCACACAAGAUUGAGCGGAAUACCAAAGAGUGCAUCAACUCGCACCCUACCUCGUAGGUAUACAUCAGGAAGUGAAACAUCCCUUGAUAGGCUACUCUCCAGUACUAAGAGAUCUCGUCCGAACCAUAUGAAUCUUUCUGGUAUUAGAAAUGCAUCAUUUUUUACUACAGCAAGUCCAACAGGAAUCAAGACUACUGGAAGCUUGAGUGGAAGGAGAGAUUCAUUUCUGUCCAAUAACAAUUCGAAGUCCUUUAGAUCGAGAGUAACGACUGAGUCUUCUUCUAAUUUACAAGAAAUCUCUUGUCUCGCCCCCACCAAGACUUCUUCUAAUUCCCAUGGAGACCUGAAAACGGAUGAUGCGUCGCCACUUGAUAGUACGAGUAGACGACCUUUAAGUCGUUCUCUAAGAGGCUUCUCGAGCGUUCCAUUGAUGGAUAUCAAUAAGAUGAAGUCUCCUGUACAGCGACGAGCUUCUGUGCACGGGGAUUGUACUCGCUUUCAGGGAAAAUUGAGCGAGUUUCGGAGGCUACGAAAUUCGAAAAUGGGUGUAGAAUUUCACAGCGGAGGCAAUCUCAACAAGGCUACGAGAACAAAUUCAAACAGCAAAAUGCUACCUCUAGCCGGCGCACAAAACUCGAAAUUCACCAUUCCCUUUUUUAACGGCCUCAAAGACUUGUUCUCGGACUCUCUUGAUCGAACACAUCCACAAUCGAAUGAAGAAAGAUCAAUGGCUUCUUCAAGCAAACGAUCGAGCGUGAAAGAUUCUGAAAGAAUAAAUCGUUUUUUGACUUUCGGUGCGAAUAGAAAGAUGCCUAUCGAGGUACCGGUAGGAAAAUCUAAUCUUGAAAAUUACAAAAUACAUCCUCAAACGGGGUUGACUAAGAAAUCGUUGAGUAUGGGUAAUUCGCAAGCAAGUGUUGGAACUGCGAAGUCGAGUGCCCCUCCCAUUGCUGAAAUCAAUGUUGUCAAAAGCCGCUCGAGGUAUGGGUCUGGGAAGAUCGACCCACCGAGUAUUGCGCUCUCGGGUGAUCUUGUGAAGGAAGUUUUUCCCUACCAUGUUGUGAUUGACGAAAACUUCAACAUAAUCCAAAUUGGUAACAAUCUAUCGCAUCUUAUGGAGAAUCGGGAACUCAUAGGUAAAUGCAUCAGCGAUAUUUUCGUGAUAACGGGUCCAAUACCAUCAUUUGGUAAAAAAUGGGAUUGGGAUUUGUUGGAAAAAAUGAAAGAACAAAUCAUUUUUCUGGAGGGAGUCGAUGAAAAUUCAUCCCAUCAGAAACCCAAGGUUAAGGGCUCAAUAAUUGAGCUAUCAAAAAGACAAAUUUUACUUUCACUCUCACCGAAUGUGAAAAAUCUAUCAGAACUUGAAAGCAUGAAUUUAUCGAUAUCAGAUCUACCCAUCCACAGUUGUCAGCGCGAUGCAGUGCUUUUGGGUGAGCAUAGCAAGUCAGAGGUCAAAUUGACGAAUCACUUAGAUUUGCUUCACAGGGAAUUGAUUGAUUCGAUGGAAAAACAGAUCGAGGAUCGUACAGACGAAUUGGCGACAGCCAAUCGAAAUUUGGAAUCGGCAAAUGCUCAACUAGCAGGCCAAAAAGCAAAACAACUCGAACAUUUUGCCUGUAUGAGUCACGAAAUUCGCACUCCCCUGAACUGCAUUGUUGGUAUGUCAUCUUUGUUGUUGGAGGAUAGCGAAAGCGCAGGAGGACCUGCGAUAGAUCCGAUGCAUGCCGAUUCCAUUCGUAUGAUCAACACCAGUGGAGAGUUACUGAGAGCCGUCGUUGAUGACGUCCUUGAUUACGCAAAGCUCGAGUCUGGAAGUUUUGAAGUUGACAUCAAACCAACGAAACUGCAAGACACCAUCGAUAGUGUUUUGUACUCGAUUUCUCAGAAAUUUAAAGAAAAGAACGUGCGUCUCCGGCCUCACUUCGAGCCUACGGUGCCUGAAUACAUCGAGACAGACAACAGACGAUUGCAGCAGGUCUUAUUCAACUUACUCGGAAAUGCAGGGAAAUUUUCCAAACCAGAUAGUGUAAUCGAUCUUAGUGUUCGGGUGGUAACGAGUUCCUCUGAUAACCCCACCAGCGAGGAGUGCGGUAGUCGUGUCUUCUUGAGAUUUUCGGUGAGGGACUAUGGAAAAGGUAUCGACAAAAAAGAUUUUGAAACCAUAUUCCAGCCAUUUUCCCAAGCAAGGUAAGUGGAUCGGUCGAAGCCUUCAUCUGCAGUGUAUUGCGACGUCUAAUUCACUUAUCUUUUUUCUUCUUUUCCGUUUUCCAACGCCCAAACCAAACAGCAAAGAAACACAAAAUAUUUACGGAGGUACUGGUCUCGGCUUGAGCAUUACUUCAAAACUCGUGCAUCGCUUGGGAGGAAAAAUUUCAUUGGAUUCCGUGCUUGGAAAGUUUUCUGAUUUCUCGGUCGAUCUACCGAUGGAUGGGAAAUGUGUCGAUGUCGAGAAGAUUUCGAAUUCCCUAAAGAAUACAACGAUCGUAGUAGUGGAGCAAAAACAGGAAGACAACCAUUCACCAGUGCAAUCCCAUGUCAGAGCGGAACCAGUGCCUCUCAACGUCGAUGUCGUCGAAGCGUAUGGCUUGAGAGUUCUUCGCUGUACGAAUUGGGAAGGACUCCAGAGCAAAACCUCCCGGGAAAAAGCCCAGACACCGCGGGGGCACUUUACCUUUCUGGUGCACGAAUCGCUGUACCAACUCUGCUCUGCCGAACCGUUCGAAUCCGUGUUCGGAAAGCACCCACACGCCGUGAUCACCUACGGAACGAAUUUCCUGGUGGAAAAGACCAAGGCCUUCCACCUGAAGUCGCUCACGGGGCUCUUCCCGGUAACGCUGCUGGCUUCCAUUGCCAGGCAGGUGUCCGCGCAGGCAAAUGCCGACCCCGGUGGUGCAACUCUCCCCAUCGCCGGAACCGGUCCGGGGUCCGAGGAGCGACCGGUCCGGGAAAGCCCCCCGCUUUCAGCAGGUCUCCGGGGGAGCCCUCGGGGAAGGGACGGAACCUCCAAGGGCUUCCAGCACGGCCUCAAGGUUCUGUACGCCGAGGACAACCUCGUCAACCAAAAGGUCCUGACCCGCGUGCUGAACCGCUACGGCAUCUCGGACGUGACGGUGGUGGACAACGGAAGAAAGGCGGUGGACGUCUCGGCGAAGACCCGGUACGACUGCAUCCUCCUGGACAUCCAGAUGCCCGUGAUGGGGGGGAUGGAGGCCUGCAGGCUGAUCACCGAGCGGGACCCGGACGCCAUUAUCAUUUUUGUGACGGCGCACGCCCUGGACGAGUUCCGGGUCCGGGCCAAGGCCGCCGGAGCGAGGGGGUUCAUCUCGAAGCCCUUUCGGCUCGGCGACAUCGACGACGUCCUGACCGACAUUUAUAGAACGGCGUGACCGACACCGGCGACGAGAGAACAGCACCAAACGGCGCCUGGCGGCUCGAAGGAUCCCUUUCCCAGCGACCGAACGAAUCGCUUCCGAGGCGUUGCCGCUGCCGCAAUGGGAUGUGCGGUGCAAAGGCACGACGGGUCCGUCGCUGAUCGAAAGGCCGGGAACCGGACGGCACGGAACGAGGCGUGCGCCCCGGAUGGUCCAAUCUAAUUAUUUGCAAGCGUUCGGGGAUCUCCUAAAAAUUCCAAAAAAGCGAUAACACACAGCGCUCGCAGUCCCGCUAUUUCACUCUCUGGGGAAGAACAGAAUGGGUGUUCGAAAGGAGUGAAUCGGGACUACCAGUGCCGCAGUCUCCGUAGCACGGAGUGCAAGCUGAAUAGAAAGUAUUCCAACAG